AUGCCCCUUGCUCAAUACCCAGAGCCCGAGAGUGCCGGUUCUGUAUGUAUCUUUGAUCGAUUCAGUCGAACAGGUGAUCAUCGCAUCCUAAACUUACACAUUUCUUUCCAGCUCGCAUACGGACCUGGGUCUGAAGAGAGGCAGCUUUUGAAAGCAGCCCUCUCUGAACUCGAAGGAAGCAUCGCUGAAGUUCCUAGCAUCAUCAACGGGGAGCGCAUCUAUACCGGUCACAAAAGCGAACAAAAGAAUCCUUGGAAUCGUCAUGGGCCUCCCCUCGCCGUUUAUCACGAGGCAGACUCGGAUACGAUCAAGACAAAGGCAAUACCAGGGGCGAUCGAAGCCAGAAAAACCUGGGCCAGUAUGACAUUCCAAGACCGAGCUACUAUCUACCGCAAAGCCGCGAAGCUCGUGGAAAGCCCAAAGUACCGAUGGAAACUUAUGGCAGCUACAAUGAUCGGGCAAGGAAAGACGUGUGGACAAGCUGAUGGUGACUGCAUAGCCGAAGUAAUUGAUACUCUCAAUUUCCACGUCUAUUUUUGCGCGCAGAUGUACGACCAACAGCCCAUCAAGCAAUAUGAUUCAUCCACCAGUAGGCUGGACUAUCGACCAUUGGAAGGAUUCGUGUUGGCGAUUUCGCCUUUUAACUUCACGGCCUUGGGGGCUCACAUUGCCUUCACACCAGCUAUAUUGGGGAACGUCAUAAUUUGGAAACCAUCGCCAAUGGCUGUUCUCUCCAACUACAUUAUAUAUCAACUCAUGGAGGAGGCUGGAUUGCCUCCUGGUGUUGUUCAAUUUUUGCCACAUGCAGAUCCUACAACUGUAGUUGAGCCGGCUCUUUCCAGUCCUCAUUUUGCGGGACUUCACUAUACUGGAUCUUCUGCUGUUUUGAGGAGUCUUUCAACCAAGGUCGGCACCAAUAUCAAUAUCUACCGAAGUUUUCCCCGGAUAGUGGGCGAAAGCGGUGGUAAGAACUUCCAUCUUGUUCACAAUUCCUGCCAGGAUGACUGUGAUUGGAUUGCUUCUGCUGCUGUUCGCUCAGCAUUUGAGUUCCAGGGCCAGAAAUGCAGCGCCAUGUCACGAUUUAUUGUUCCCAAAUCUAUGUGGGAGCAUGGUGGUUUGAAACAAGCGCUUAUCCGAGAAGCGGAUAAGAUGACACAUGGUGUGGAUGUUAAGGAAUUACACCAUCCACUGGGCCCCAUGGUCUCAGAGGCCUCGUAUGAAAGAUUUGGACACUGCGUUAAAAGUGCCCUAGAUGAUGGUCAUAAGUUGAUCUAUGGUGGCAAGUCAGAGGGGAGAAAGGGUCUUUUCGUUCAACCAGCUAUUUUCGAGUUGAAAGAGUCUGAUGAAGCCCACUUAUCGAACCUCAUGACAAAAGAGCUUUUCGGGCCAUUGUUCACGGUUCAAAUCUAUGAUGAUAACGCUCCGACUGGUUUCGAGGAUAUCUGCAAGACCAUCGACACGACUUCCGAGUAUGGUUUAGCGGGCUCAGUUUUUGCUCGUGAUCGCAAGGCCAUUCAAAUUGCAGAUGAUCAGCUGCGAGAUUCAGCUGGAAUGUUUUGCAUCAACGACAAGAGCACCGGCGCAAUCAUCGGUGCUCACCCAUUUGGUGGAGCUCGAUCCAGUGGCACUAACGACAAGGCAAAUUCAGUAAAUGUCCUUUUGAGAUUCUCUAGUCUGCGUUGCGUCAAAGAGUCCUAUAUUAGCAGCAGCGAAACUCUAGGCACUUGCCAUAUCCCCGAAUAG